AUGAUCAUGGGAGGUGUGAGAGAAUUGCUGCUCUUUGUGUUGACUGUGGGGGUUGUCAAAGUUUCUUGUUACCCUGUUGGAAAGUCCCAGAAGCAAGAUCAAGUCUCUCUGCAGAGGAGACUUGGAGAGCUGUCAUCAAAUGACGUCUCCAUUGUGCAUGCCCUGGCCUUGCUCCGAUCCAUAGGGUCUGACGCAAAACAAGACAGAGAAGAGUAUUUUGAGACUAAUGAAGUAGAAUCCCAAGCUUCUCCAAACCAUGGUAGCUCUCCGGCAAAUGAUGCCCUGUCCUCUGACGACGCUACCUCUGAAGCUGCCACUGGCCCGUCUGACGACGCUACCUCUGAAGCUGCCACUGGCCCGUCUGACGACGCUACCUCUGAAGCUGCCACUGGCCCGUCUGACGACGCUACCUCUGAAGCUGCCACUGGCCCGUCUGACGACGCUACCUCUGAAGCUGCCACUGGCCCGUCUGACGACGCUACCUCUGAAGCUGCCACUGGCCCGUCUGACGACGCUACCUCUGAAGCUGCCACUGGCCCGUCUGACGACGCUACCUCUGAAGCUGCCACUGGCCCGUCUGACGACGCUACCUCUGAAGCUGCCACUGGCCCGUCUGACGACGCUACCUCUGAAGCUGCCACUGGCCCGUCUGACGACUCUGACGACGCUACCUCUGAAGCUGCCACUGGCCCGUCUGACGACGCUACCUCUGAAGCUGCCACUGGCCCGUCUGACGACGCUACCUCUGAAGCUGCCACUGGCCCGUCUGACGACGCUACCUCUGAAGCUGCCACUGGCCCGUCUGACGACGCUACCUCUGAAGCUGCCACUGGCCCGUCUGACGACGCUACCUCUGAAGCUGCCACUGGCCCGUCGUCUGACGACGCUACCUCUGAAGCUGCCACCGGCCCGUCUGACGACGCUACCUCUGAAGCUGCCACCGGCCCGUCUGACGACGCUACCUCUGAAGCUGCCACCGGCCCGUCUGACGACGCUACCUCUGAAGCUGCCACCGGCCCGUCUGACGACGCUACCUCUGAAGCUGCCACCGGCCCGUCUGACGACGCUACCUCUGAAGCUGCCACCGGCCCGUCUGACGACGCUACCUCUGAAGCUGCCACCGGCCCGUCUGACGACGCUACCUCUGAAGCUGCCACCGGCCCGUCUGACGACGCUACCUCUGAAGCUGCCACCGGCCCGUCUGACGACGCUACCUCUGAAGCUGCCACCGGCCCGUCUGACGACGCUACCUCUGAAGCUGCCACCGGCCCGUCUGACGACGCUACCUCUGAAGCUGCCACCGGCCCGUCUGACGACGCUACCUCUGAAGCUGCCACCGGCCCGUCUGACGACGCUACCUCUGAAGCUGCCACCGGCCCGUCUGACGACGCUACCUCUGAAGCUGCCACCGGCCCGUCUGACGACGCUACCUCUGAAGCUGCCACCGGCCCGUCUGACGACGCUACCUCUGAAGCUGCCACCGGCCCGUCUGACGACGCUACCUCUGAAGCUGCCACCGGCCCGUCUGACGACGCUACCUCUGAAGCUGCCACCGGCCCGUCUGACGACGCUACCUCUGAAGCUGCCACCGGCCCGUCUGACGACGCUACCUCUGAAGCUGCCACCGGCCCGUCUGACGACGCUACCUCUGAAGCUGCCACCGGCCCGUCUGACGACGCUACCUCUGAAGCUGCCACCGGCCCGUCUGACGACGCUACCUCUGAAGCUGCCACCGGCCCGUCUGACGACGCUACCUCGGCAGCUGCGACCGGCCCGUCUGACGACGCAGCUGCGACCGGCCCGUCUGACGACGCAGCUGCGACCGGCCCGUCUGACGACGCAGCUGCGACCGGCCCGUCUGACGACGCAGCUGCGACCGGCCCGUCUGACGACGCAGCUGCGACCGGCCCGUCUGACGACGCAGCUGCGACCGGCCCGUCUGACCCGUCGACCGGCACGACGCAGCUGCGACCGGCCCUAUUGUUUUGA